AAAUUAGCACAUUGCUUUGGAGCCACAAUCUCUCAAUUCUUUUAGCCAGAGAGGAAGAGAAAGCCUUUCAUAUAUCAUCAAUAUAAUGGAACAUGGUGAUGGUAAAGAAGACCAGAACAUCACGAAGAUCAACAAAUAUGCCUUGGCGUGUGCCAUAGUCGCUUCAAUGGUAUCCAUCAUAUCUGGCUAUGAUACUGGUGUUAUGAGUGGAGCCAUGCUAUUCAUAAAGGAAGAUAUGGAAAUAAGUGAUACCCAACAAGAGGUUCUAGCUGGAAUCUUAAACCUUUGUGCAUUGGUGGGAUCUUUAGUUGCUGGAAGAACGUCUGAUUACAUUGGUCGUCGCUACACAAUCUUCUUGGCUUCUGUUCUCUUCAUGCUAGGUGCAGUUCUCAUGGGGUAUGGCCCAAACUAUACAAUUUUAAUGGUGGGAAGGUGUGUUGGUGGCUUGGGUGUGGGUUUUGCGCUUAUGAUAGCACCAGUUUACUCAGCAGAGAUUUCCUCAGCAUCAUCUCGAGGUUUUCUAACCUCCUUACCUGAGUUUUGUAUUGGAAUUGGAAUCCUGCUUGGAUAUAUCUCAAACUACUUCUUGGGAAAAUUGACUUUGAAGCUAGGAUGGAGAUUAAUGCUUGGAAUUGCAGCAUUACCUUCGCUUGCCUUGUCUUUGGGCAUUCUAACAAUGCCAGAGUCUCCAAGAUGGUUGGUGAUGCAAGGUCGUCUAGGAAGCGCCAAGAAGGUCCUUUUGCAAGUUUCUAAUACCACGCAAGAGGCUGAACUUCGUUUCAGAGAAAUAAAAGUUGCUGCUGGGUUUGAUGAGAAUUGCAAUGAUGAGAUUGUGAAACAACCUCAAAAGUCUCACCUCGGUGAAGGUGUUUGGAAAGAGUUGCUUCUGAGACCCACACCACCUGUUCGUUGGAUGCUGAUUGCGGCGGUUGGAAUUCACUUCUUUGAACAUGCAACUGGCAUUGAAGCUGUGAUGUUAUAUAGCCCAAGAAUCUUUAAGAAAGCUGGUGUUACAAACAAGGAUAAGCUCUUACUAGCAACAAUUGGAGUAGGCCUUACAAAAAUUACUUUUCUUAUAAUAGCCUCAUUUUUGCUAGACAAAGUUGGUAGAAGACGCCUCUUGCAAAUAAGCACGGGAGGAAUGGUUUGUGCACUAACACUUCUAGGUUUCAGCUUGACUAUGGUGGACCAUUCCAACGAAAAGCUCUUGUGGGCCUUGAGCCUGAGUAUUUUGGCAACGUACUCCUAUGUUGCUUUCUUUAAUAUUGGGCUUGGGCCUGUGACAUGGGUGUAUAGUUCAGAGAUAUUUCCUUUGAGGUUGAGAGCACAAGGAGCUAGCAUAGGAGUUGCGGUGAACAGGUCCAUGAAUGCUACAGUCUCUAUGAGUUUUAUUUCGAUCUACAAAGCAAUCACUAUAGGUGGGAGUUUUUUCAUGUUUGCUGGCAUAUCUGUCUUAGCUUGGGUGUUCUUCUACAUUUUCCUCCCAGAAACCAAGGGCGUGGCCUUAGAAGAAAUAGAGAUGAUUUUCAGCAAAAAACCUAGUGGUAAAAAUGUAGCAACAUAAUCGGAGACAAGAUAUAAUGCUAGUGUGUUUUUGUAUUUUAUAUCAAGCUAGUGCAUGCAUUCUAUUAAAAAUUUCAUUGUACAAAGUCGAUUUGAUGAACCUUUUACCAAAUGCUAUAACAAUCAACAGGGCCGGUCCCGACAUUUUGGAGGCCUUGGGUAAAUAAUAAAAAUAGACCCUAAUAAUUUUAGCGUUC